CCUCUCUCUCUCUCUGUCUCACUCUCAGAUUCUCAGAGCCUUCGACGCCAUGGCUUCUUCAAUGGUGAAACCAGGUGCCCUCACUCCCCUCUACUCUGGUCUCAAUGACUUCCCUCUCAUCCGUUCGAGUUCAAUCCCUACUACUCCCAAAUUCGGAGACUCUCAACUUUCUGUGUUCAACAACACUCUGAAGCGCCCCAAAAAUGCGCCUGUGCUUCCUGUAAUCAGAGCCCAGAGCUCUCCUGAUUAUGUCCCUGAUGCGAAAUUCUACAAAGUGGAGGCGAUUUUGAGGCCCUGGCGAAUCCCGAAGGUUGCAUCGGCUCUUCUGAAAAUGGGUAUUCGUGGUGUUACGGUAUCUGAUGUCCGAGGUUUUGGUGCUCAAGGUGGUUUGACGGAAAGGCAUGCAGGCUCUGAAUUUUCUGAAGACAAGUUUGUUACUAAAGUUAAGAUGGAGAUUGUGGUGAGCAAAGACCAGGUGGAAUCUGUAAUAGACAAGAUCCUUCGAGAAGGAAGAACAGGAGAAAUUGGCGAUGGCAAAAUUUUCCUGGUGCCCGUGACAGAUGUAAUAAGGGUUCGCACUGGUGAGCGGGGAGAAAAGGCUGAGAGGAUGAUGGGAGGGCGAGCUGACAUGAUUAACUUUUGAUCAUCAAGUCAAGCAUUACCACCCCUUCUCUUUGGUGCCUUCUAGAAAUUAGGAGACUUCUAGUUUCUAUGUGCAAUAUCUCUAUUGAGUUUGGAAAAUAAAAGCAAGGAGACUAAUCAUGUAGUUUCACUAUUUGUUAUAUAAACAAAAUCUAAUAGUUGCCAAAGUUGCUCUCUUUAAUAGAUCAGUUACUGUUGUUUGCGCGCCUAAUCGGCAUGGAAAUGGCUGGUUAAGAAGUUUUAGAAAUUUAUACCGAUGCUGUUUGGCAGAUGAGACAGACUUUUCAGUGUCUAAAAACUAAGCAAUUCAUUGAACUAUCUUAGGCCAGGGUGUCUGCAUCAUUUGUUUCUGUUGCAGGUGCAGAGACUCAUAAGCAUUUGUCAUGGGACUGAGGCAAUGGCAUUGCCAAUCAAUGAGCUUGUUUU